AGAAAAUUAAAAAUUAGUUUAAUACGAAUAUCGAUCCCCUGAAGUGCCUGCCCGUUUGGCAGACUUAUACGUGUCCGUUGCGUGUUUUAUCUCACAAAUAUGUUCUAAAUAAUACAUAAAAAAUAUAUUAAUUAACAAAAAUUAUUUAAAAAACGAAUGCAUAGCAGACUUCAGUGGGUUUUGAAUUGAAAAAGGAAAGGAGGAGAUCAUCUUGCGUCCCAUAUAAAGAAAAAUACAUAAGAUAUAUGGAAGCAGAGAAGGAAACAACAUAUACAUAUACGCAGAAAAAUUGUCAAACGAACGUUUAUAGUAUUUUCAAAUACACUUUACGAAACACAAAAACGAGUAACGACAAAAUAAAAUUUUUCCAACUUCAAACAACGAUUAUACGAUUUUGUAAAAAUAAAAGCACGAAUUGAAAACUAACUCAGCAAAAGGAAGUCAAUUGUGAAACAACGUUAUAUAAUUAAAUAAAAAAUGCAAAUACAUGCAUGAAUGUAUUAUUUUGGAAAUAUAAACAACGUUGACAAAUUACCUACAAUACAUUGCUGCUUACCAAUAGCUAACGUGACUAUUAAUGAAUAACGCAUAGAGAAAGUUUAGAUUUAAAAUAAUUUUAUUUUAGCAUCUCUAGAGGCCACAUGGCUCAACAGGGUUAAGUGCAUAUAAUAUCUAAUAUAAAUACUUUUACCUCGAUUCUGACUAGUUAAUACGUUAUUAUGUGUACGCUGAUAAUUUCGAACAACGCAAUCAAGCAUAAUAUUGAAAAGUUAAAAAUCGAAACCGAAUUAUCAACGACAAGAAAAGCAAAAGCUGUCCUUAUACACAGUGACGACUUUCGAUGCCACUACGAACAGAGACUGCUCAAUGUGCUCAAGAAAUUUAUUUUCAACCAAAUUAAACCACCAGAAAUAUAUAUGGCCGUUUGACGAAAGGCAAACAUAAGCAAAAAAUAUCAUUACACAAAACUCGACCAGUUUAUGAUCCUGUACGAAACUAUUUUAGAAUACGUACAUAUAUGCUAUAUACAUACAUAUGUAUGUAUAUUUAUCGAACAUACGAAACUCAAACUAAAAGUGGAAAAAUUCGAACUCGACGAAUGAAUAACUAAAUAUAGUAUAACUUAAGAUAAACUAAAAAGUACUACUUCUAUUAUAAAGGUUCAAAAGUAAAAUAAAUAAAAUUACUUGAAAAGAGAGAUCAUUAACCAUAUAUUUGCUGAUUUUACAUUGCAUACUUUAUAGUUGUAAAAAAGACUUAAAAUUAGUCAUAAGAAGUUAUUAUAUUAAUAUUAUAAAUUUAAAUAUUUCACACCGCAAGGGUAUAGUGAAAUGGUUUAUUAUGUUUAAGAAUAUAAGCACCCUUUAUUUGUGGAUGCAAAAUAUUUUAAUAUUUAAAUGGGAUAAUCAUGAAAUCACAUUUAUAUAUUUAUGCCACCCUCUAUAUAAUACAAUUAAAAUAAAAUAAUAAAAGUCAAUUUAUAACUGUUAAGUAGAGUAAUAAGUUUUAAAUAAAACUUCUACAAAAUUUCCUCAUCGAACGGUGCAAGAUAAAACUUAUUUAUGAGGCAAUAUAAUUAUCAGCAGUACUCAACUGGUACUAAUGCGCAACGGCAAUCAAUGUAUCAAAAUGUACACAACAACUCGAUGCAACCAUUACAUCAGCAGCGUUCGCACAUUUUAAGCUUCGGACAACAACAACCAGAACGCCAACAACAGCAAAAACAACAGCGCCAGCAAAAAUUAGAUGAUUUUCCGGAUCCUCAGCAAUUGCCAAUGCCAACAAUGUCACCACUGCAGCAAUAUUCCUCAUAUUCUUGGUACCAGCAAUCGGCAACGCAACAACAUCAUCAACAAACAGCACCUCUACAACAUCGGAAACAUAUUCAUUUGCAGCAGCAACAAGACUUGGCUAGAACCCCUUAUGCAACAAAUUCUGCCGCUCUGCAACAACAGCAUUACAACACAGCUGGCAUAGCAAUGAAUGCUGAGACAAACAGCAAUGCAACAAUUUCAAUACCGUCAUCACACCAAUGCACGCAUGCUACAGAUUACCUAUCGCAUGUAGAGAAUAACCUAAACAAUAACCAUGGUUUUUACCAUAAAAGUAAUAUGUUAAAUAAAAUAAGUAACACCAAUCAACUUCAGCAGGACCAGUUACAGCCAUCACAAACACCAAAUGCUAAUAAUCGGCGUGCGCAGUUGCAACAACAACAGCAGCAACAGCAAAGACACUUAACUCAUCAACAAUGCACGCAAUGCUUACAGCCCCAACAACAGUUUCAAUUGCAAUAUGAACCACAACAACAACGAGUACGUCAAAGUGGUGGUAAUUCUAGUAAUGACAAUAAUGCGCCAAAUAAUCAGCAAUUGUUAGAAAGAAUUUUGAUUGAAAAAUCGCAACGGCAACUACUUCAAAUACCUGAGGCAGUUACUAACAAUUGCUCCUCCUUUCCUGUCAAUUUGCCCUCAGCGCGCGGUAAUAGUGACGAAUGUAAUAUCAAUGAUGUGGAUAGGAAUAUCGACUCCGUCAACACCGCUGCCGAAUGUCGAUUCUCGAUGGAUGCUUAUGAAAUCGCAAAUUUUCUAGCUAAUGAGCUUUUUAUGCAGCAGCUCGUGUCAGUAGAUGGCAUUCAAAGUGGUGUACCCACGUUAACCACAUCUACAUUAACACCGACGACAUUACGCAGCAUCGAAGAAACAUUCAUACAGUUGACAGCAGAUCACUCAAAUCCGCCCUGUCAGGCAGGUUUUAUACCACCACCUGUAACUUCCAUUCAAAAUUCCACUAGCCCUAUAUUCAGCAGUGCUAUGCAAAAUUACAAUGAGAUUGAUAUGGAUGAUUCACAAGCGUCCUGGAACUCACAACUUCAUGAUGAUAAUUCACAGGCGACAACAGAUAAUUCAAGCGCCUCAUUCCCUAAUGGACUCAAUGGCACCAGCAACGCUUCACUCGCUACCUCAACAACUUCGUCAAAAAAUGAUUUCACCAUGCUACAUAACGCCAUCGGAUCAGAUACUGGCAAACAUGCUGGAAAUCUUUUGCUCACAAAUUCUCCCAACAGUAGUAACGUGCAUACCUCGAGCAGUGCCACAAACACGACAAUUACAGCCACACCGACGCGUCGUAAUCAAGGUGGUCGCCGCCCUGCUAAACCGACUAAUAUGUCUCCCGAAGAAGAGGAAAAACGACGCAUACGCCGUGAACGUAACAAAUUGGCUGCAGCACGUUGUAGAAAGCGUCGGGUUGAUCAAACUAAUGAGUUACAAACAGAAGUAGAACGGUUGGAAAAUAUACGGGAGUCAUUAACAAAAGAAAUUGAGAACCUUAAAGUUACCAAAAACCAAUUGGCUUUUAUUUUGGAAGCGCAUCGACCUACGUGCCAAAAGGUAAGGCAAGACUUAUUGAGCGUGCACACCUAUGAUGGAUUGAUCGCACCAACGAAUGGCAAUAGUAAUGACAGUAAUAGCAAUAUUAUUGGAGUAGAUACCACACUGUCGUCUGUAGGGCGAAGUGGCUCACCUAUCGAUCUUAAACCUGUAAUUUUGGAUAUGGUGUCUCACAUUAAGAAUGAACCUCUAGACAAUACGCUGGACUCGAAUUCAUCACUAGGCCAUGAUGGACCUCCAUCACCCAAGCGCAUGCUACUAUCGGAUAACAAUCCGAUGGUGCAACCACCAUUGCCGAAUGUUUCAACAUUAUCUGCUUCAUUGGCUGCGGCAUCCGCAUCUUUAAACACACCAAUUGUGACGGCGGCGCCGGUUAGCUUUGCUAGUCUUGUUUCCGGCAACAGUAUUUCCAACAAUAAUAGUAAUAACAUAGUAAAUAGUAUUGCAAUUAGUAACGCUAUUACAGGCAACUUGAGUGCCCCACAUAGACCAAUACUGAGUGGUGGUAAACAGCGCCCUAACUCUCUACCUACAAAUUUACGUAACCAAGCACAAAAUCUCGCUUUAAAUACAGAACGUCCUCCAACUGACAUCAACGGUGUUGCCAUACAAACCCCCUCCACAGGCAUGUUCAAUUUCGACUCUUUGAUGGAUGGUGGCACUGGAUUGACUCCUGUUUCAGGUCCACUGGUGCCAAAUUGCUCCACACAAAACAAACAUCCAUUAGAAAUUCAAACACCUACAAGUGAGCCAUCGAAAUUGGUUAGCUUAUAACAAUAGAAAUGGCAAUUGUUAUGAAACAGAACAAGAGUCUGGUACAAAAGACGACGGAUAGAUGAGGUUAGAAGUAAGUAAUGGAAUAGUUAAGAUACACCAGUCAAAUAUUUACAAAAUUUCAAUGAGUAUUGUGGUAUUGUAUUAGUGAGACCUAAAAAUUCUUACAGCCUUAAACAGACAAAAACAAAGACACGAAAAAUCGUUAUAAUAAUAAUAUUUAUACAAGCAUUAAAAUAUUUACGUAUGUAUGUAUUGAAUAAAUGCAGUGCAUGCGCAUGUUACGGAUGCCAUAAAGAAGAUUAAUGUAUGUAUUCUAUAUAUACUACAUAUGGAUGUAUAUAAAUAUAUUAUUUUUUAUGUAAAAAGAUUUUUUCAUUAAAAUUCAAUAGCUUUGUAUAACUUGGGUCGUAACAUAUAAUUGUGAAAUUUUUUUAGAUUACUCUUUUUUAUUAAAUUUUUUAUUAUUUGUCAAUUUUACAAAAAUAAACAUAAAAGUGCUUUAGAGUAA